AUGAAUAGCGGUGAAGAGCAAGCUGUGGAAAUAGUAUCAAGCUGUCGAGGUAUAUACAAAUUGAGGUUGGAUGGGUCAAUUGCAGAAUUACCGAAAGAGCUCCACAACUAUCCAAACCUCACCAAGUUACAAUUGUAUAAUUGUGGUCUCAAGGAGGACCAAAUGGGAAUACUAGAGAAGCUGCCAAACCUAACAACUCUAUGCCUUGAAAGUAUGGCUUUCCAUGAGAAUACAAAGAUACUAGUUUUCUCCAUAAGAGGCUUUCCUUCUCUUGAAUUUCUUCAUGUUUCUAGAAUGGACCAAAUAACAGAGCUGAGGGUAGAGGAAAGUCUAUUCCUGUCAGUGAUGGCAGCCUAA